GAUACUCGAGAGUUUUGCUUGUGAGAGAUCCAAAAACAAAAAAAGUAUGGCAUGGUUUGCUAGAUCCAUUGCCAAUUCUCUGAAGAUCGAUGAGGAUGAUGAUGAUGAAAAAGAAACGAUGAAUGCCAAAUCGAUUGAAGAUUCCGGCUCAGAUCAACCGUCUUCACCAUCGGUGUUGCAAUCACAGUCUCCACGAGGCGUCAAGGAAGACAUCUCUGAACUCACCAAGACCUUGAGAAGUCAGCUAUGGGGUGUUGCUUCUUUCCUCGCGCCACCGCCUUCUUCUUCCGAUUCGUCUGAUCACGUUGAGGAGACUCGGAGGUCGUCGGAUCUCGCGGAGAGUGAUGAGGAUCUGAUUGCUGGGAUUAGGAACGAUUUCGUGGAGAUCGGUGGUAGAUUUAAGACCGGGAUCUCGAAACUCUCUGGAAACUUACCUGUAUCGGAGUUCACGAAGAUCGCUUCUAAUUUCUUGCAAUUGGGAUCGGAAGGUGCGGACUCCAAGGACCGUGAUGUUGCGGUUGGAGAUGCGAUUGGUGUGACUGAGGAAGUAGUUGUGUUUGCUAGGGACCUUGCGCUGCAUCCUGAGACAUGGCUUGAUUUCCCCUUUCCUGAUGAGGAUGAUAACUUUGAUGACUUUGAAAUGACUGAUGCUCAGUAUGAGCAUGCGCUGGUUGUGGAAAGGUUUGCACCGAGUCUGGCUGCGUUGAGGGUUGAGCUUUGCCCUUCAUACAUGAGCGAGUAUUGCUUCUGGAGGAUUUACUUUGUACUUGUGCAUCCUAUAUUCAGCAAAGAAGAUGCCUUGAUUCUCUCAACUCCUCAGGUACUUGAAUCAAGAGCACUAUUAUCUCACGAACUGCUGCAUAAGAGAAACAAAGGUCCAGUAGUGAUGCCAGAGAGUGGUGAUGCGGAAGCUGCUAGUGCAAAUGUGGUACCUCUUUCUCAACCUACUAAUCCUUCACCGAAAUCAGAACCAGAACCUGUCAAAACCAUCGCUGUGGAGACAGUACAUUCAACUGAAACAUCUGAGUUUGAGACAGAGAAGCACACAGUCGAGAGCAAGGAGAUACAAGUUGUCGACAAGCCUGUCAUCGAAGAAAGACCUGCAGCAGUGUCUCAUGACAAGCCAGUAGUCACUGGUUCUUCACCUAGGCUUAUUGAUGUUCAAGUGGAUGAUGAUGAUGAUGUUGAUGAUUGGUUGAAGGAUGAAGAUAAUGCAGGAACGGUUAGCACGGUCACCAACCAUCCUGUGCAGGGUGAGGAUGAAGAUGUAUCCUUCAGUGAUCUUGAAGAUGACGACGACGUGCCUGUGAGUUACAAGAAAUGACACCUGAAUCCUUCAGACCAAAGUCACUCACUGUUAAUCAAAAGAAGGCUGCCACUGGAAGAAUAAUGUCCCACGGCUGGUCAGGUUAAGCGAGGCGAAGAAAGAAAUCAAAUCGAUGGGCUUGAAUAUUGAUGAUGAACAACAUGAUGCUGUAUUUGUGAUUGUGACCCUCUCUCUCUAUAUGUUAUAUUAAGUUAUGUUUGUGAAUAGUUUUUGUAACACUGCCGUUUCCAAAACAAAGAAAAAGAUGCAUGGCUUUGUAUCUGUAAAUAAAACAGCUAUACAAUUGUGAUGAUAAUGGUUAAUUGGUUA